CAGUCUGCCGGUGCUCUCUGGAAUAGUGGCAACUUGGUACGGUCGUCGUUGUACUUCAGGGAUCGAAACGGCUUUCUCGAUAGAAACUCAAUAGCAGUGUCGAUCUCUUGUUCGCUAUCCAAGGUUGCAAUGGCUGGAUCAAGUAGGUUUACUUUUGAGUUUAUUUCUAGUUUAAAGCGAGACCUGUCUGCAUGCGGGUAGCAAUGAACCUUCGGAGACGUCUAUAUUGCUGGGGCAGAGAGACUCACAUUGAAGAUUACCGGAGAGUGGUCCGAUGAAAGUUCAUUUAAUGUGACCGGCUUAGUCAUGCCCAGCAAGUUGUUGGAAAGUGCAAGAUCCAGUAUAGAUUGCCGACCGCGACCCGUUCAGAUCAUCAACUAUAUAAAACGGUUCAGCGAUGCUGGUCAGAGUAGAGAUGUCUCGGCGAAACUGUGUCCAGGCUGCUCUCCUUCUCGCCCCUGGGAAGUAGGUGGCAAUGUGGUGUACGUUGCCGUUCGCCAUGGUAAUCGUGAUGCCCACACUUUCGAUGAUUUAGGUUGAAAUAUUUAGCUCUGCUAACUUGAUGCCUUCACGAACCGCAAUCAGGACCCCUCCACCUCUUUCAGCAUCGUUGGAAGUGCGGUCAAAACGAACGCAGGAAAAGUUUGGGUGGAAGAAAGAAACCUUUGGUUGUAGUAACUGGAACUUACUAUUCCUAUGCUUACUUUAUGACGCAACAAAAAGUCGAAAAAUUCAAACUUCUUGUUAUUAACGGAACAUCCGUUCCAGUUAGCGAGACGCAAGUUAUCUAAAUUGGACGUUGUAGAUAUACAUGGUUGUAAGCUCGAAGAGAGCUAGAAGUUUUUGCUGCUUUGACUGGCAGCUCGCAAGACGCUCAAACAUUUCCCUUGCGAGAGACAAAAAUUCAGACAAUGAGAACAGAUUUGAUGGUUAGUUUUGUGUUUGUAGCACUUGAGCGUACGAGCCACGCGGAUGUGGAGCAGUUGAACUGGUAGGGCGACCCUCGGUUGUACGGAAAACGAGUGGGGGAAGAGCUGGAUGCCGCGGUUCCGUUCUUAGUUUUGCCAGCUUCUCAAUGUACACUUUUCGGCUGUGGCAACCACGGUAGUUGUCAGUAUGCUGACCGCUGCAAUUAAUUAGUCCUCGAGUUUCACUUUUAUCGGCGCACUCCAAGUCAUCCGUUUUUGGUAGUUUGCAUUCAGUUGAGUGACGCACUUGACGCACAGAGAAGGAAGGUUGAAGUUCCUUAUUCCGUGACCAAAGCGUUGGCAGCGGUGACAUUGGACGGCAUCCUUUGGUCUUCUUUCGAAGUAGCGCCAUUUCACAGUGAUGUUGAUGUUGCUCUCACUGUUUGCAGCUCCGAUAAUUUUGCGCUUCCCUUCACGAAAUUCUGCAGGUACUAGGCACUUUCUUCAGGUCCGGUGACUUUGCGGGAAAGUAGUUUAACUUCGGUACACACCACAGCGAGGGUAGCAAGUUCUUCCUCCGAUUCGGCGAUAUCUAACACUGGUUAAUCGGAUAAAACUACUUUCACCGGUUGAUCGGAGGGGAGAGUGUAGGUGUGGAACUCGAUGUUAAGAGUUUUCAGCGUAUCAACGGAGAUGCGGAAGCAUUCUUCGUUCAUGCAGAGUAGCUGCGCGCCCGUCCUAGUCACUCUCAUAUUGUAGUCCGUCUGCGCGAUGUUGUUCUUGAUCAUCAGUUCCCGCAGUUGUUUGCUUGUUAACCAAUCGUUAUCGGGGAUACCCGAGCCUUUUUUGUUUCUGGAGCCACGCUUGUCGUCGUCAGCAUCGGGGUGAGUGGUGGCAUUGCAUCGAUGUGCUCCUCUUCUUCCGAUAGUACAUCGAAUUCGUUACUCACGAUUACGUUGAUUCCGCUUUGAAUUGUGCCACUGCUGCUGCUACCGGGAGGAUGAUCGGGUGGUCGUCUAUUUGCCUGUGGCAUUUCGGUCAUGUACGGGCUCUUCGGUUGAGGUGGAUGAAGGUUUGGAUCGUUGUUGUUGUUUGAGGCUGUUCGAGCUCGCUUGGAAGUUAACCAUCAAUGUUAACUUCUAUUCCCGAUCAGCCUAGAUAGCUGUGUAGUGUCGGUAGCGGUUGUCUCAAUUGGCUAAGAAUAACACUACGGACCGCCUGAUCCAGUGGUAAGAGUCCACUAAACCCUAAUUCAUGGUGUUAUGCGGCUUUAUGCUUACUGUGCCAAAGAAUGAAUGGUUAAGGGGUCUAAUAAUAACCUAACCACAAACGGAGCCUGUGGAGAAUUAGGGCGUCCUCCACAGUAUUACGCCCUUACUGUGCUAACCGGAGCAAUGGUGCAGUGGACCUUGCGUUUCUCUGAGAUAAUUAGUUGCCCUUCUUAACCCUCAAAUUUGAGGCUAAAUAAGGGCAGGAUUAUUCAAAUGUUGUAAAUUAGCUUACAUUACCACCUAAAUGGGUUCGCUUAAGGCGUCUUCGCCAUUGGCGUUUUUCAAUUAACACCGAUUUGGAUUGUCGUUGCUGUUUCCUUUUUGUGCUGUGAUUGUGAAGAGUGUAAUCCUUUUUAGUUUGGGUAAUGGCUACGGCUAGGAAACCUCAGAUCAAUUGCAGCGUAAAAAGCUACGCACGCUGUGGCUCUACUUCAAAAAGUUCAUUUUCGUAAGGUGAAUCCAGUUUUACUUCUUUCAUUAUAAAUGAAGUGUCGUGCCUCGAGCAUGCUAUAUCUUAGUAUGUUUCAACCUUUCCUUACGGAUGCCUUCAAGCAAGCUCUUGUAUUCAGCAUCUUUACGCUGAUAUUUGGCAGUAUUGGUACGAUGGUUACAUCAUCUGAAAUAGCUCAAACAUUAAUAUGAGAUGCUUCAGUUUGAUGGAUUACUUAGGUACAUAGUAUAGUUCAUGGAUAACUUAACAUAGAAUUGCAUCUAACCCAACUCUGCAUUAGCAGAAUUUGUCAUGAGUUGACUGAAUGGCAUGUGUCAGAUGAGGAGUCUCCAUUUGACCUUCUUUGCACUUUUUAGUGUUCCUAUCCCUGCUCAAUAAACUAGGGAACCUGUACUAAUUGAUUGCGACCACAUUUUAUAGAUCACUUGCUUCCAUUGCUACUCCAAAAUAGUUUCAUUGUGGUUUUGUACCUACAACGCCCUCCAUUGUGGUAUGCCAUAACUAUUGCUUUGAACGAACCUUGUUCCCUGCGGUCUGUGCGGACCGCAAGAGGUAUUCCUCAAUGGAACUCUGAUCUGUUCAAGUUCAAAAUAUCUUCGGAUAAACCAGUCUUUUGAAUAGUUACGGAUCUUAAGCUUCCGCCAGAGAAUUAUAGCUAUAUAAUUGACUUAGUAGGCACUAAAACGCUCUGCUUACUUCAAAUCUCCAAGAGCAAAUGGUUUUUUGUAAUAUUUUUCUCCAGAGGGAUUUGAGUAUUUAAAACAUGUUUUGAAUUCUUGUACUUUUCUAUGGGAUAUUUUCCUGGCGUGAAAUUACUCCAUAGUUUUAUUCCGAAAGGGUGCGUGCGUUGUAUAAAGAAGGAAUGAGUUCCUGGUUACCUCGUUCUUUCUGAAAUGCUUGAAAUGCAUUGUCGAUUAUCACAUCUGUGAUGUUCGUCUGGCUGACAUGGCUGUUCAUGUGAACUCACAUGCCUCCCAAUUUGGGUUGUCCACAGUGACUCUUUUACAAAAAGUUGCAUACGUUUUCAAGAAUGUACUCGCUCAAACGUAGUUUUUGCUUGGGUGAUUUCUUGAAUAUUGAGGAUGCUUUCGAUGCCAUGUCUUUCAAUGUCAUAUUGAAAGUCGCAUGACGUCACAAGCUACCUCCAAUGAGCUAUAGGUUCUCUUUACGCUUAUGCGUUUUACAGUGUGCUUUUUAAGGCAUUGAUUAAACCCAUUGUGGUAUGGGCUAUGAGCUCUCGUUGCGCUUAUGCGUUCACUUCCUCCUUCCUAUUUCAUCACCUUUCCCUUUCCUUGUCCCAUUCUCCCUCAGGUAAAUGAUGAAAUAGGCUUAUAUGUAUGGCGAUGGCUCAAAUGUCCUAAAUGGAGGAUAAAGUGCCUCUGGAGCCGGCCUUCUGAUACCUGAUACCGUCUGCGCGAUGUUGUUCUUGAUCAUCAGUUCCCGCAGUUGUUUGCUUGUUAACCAAUCGUUAUCGGGGAUACCCGAGCCUUUUUUGUUUCUGGAGCCACGCUUGUCGUCGUCAGCAUCGGGGUGAGUGUUGGCAUUGCAUCGAUGUGCUCCUCUUCUUCCGAUAGUACAUCGAAUUCGUUACUCACGAUUACGUUGAUUCCGCUUUGAGCUGCUACCGGGAGGAUGAUUGGGUGGUCGUCUAUUUUAUUUAUUCUUAUUCACUUAACCUAAUUUAUAGCUCUAUUGUCCACUAGGGCACUACGUGAGCGAUUUCAAUUGACGCUGCAUCUACAGUAUUAUACAGCGCCUAGAUGUGUUCUAUUAUACUUUAUCGAUCUGGUUGCCUUUCUGCUGCUUUCACUUUUCUACUCUUUACAUGGUAGAAUGAUGAGCACAAGGAUGAUGGAUGGCCGUUGUUCCUUUCCAGUCCGAUUGGGAGUCCAUUAUGAGUAGCUGUUCGUCGAUAUCCAGGUAUCCGGGUCCGUUUGAGCCAUGGGGCUCAGAGGAGGGUCAGUGUCAAUCGCUCUCGGUGAAGAGCAACUGACGAAAAAUUGCAUGUGACGGGGCUGGGAAUCAAACCCAUGACCAUCCGCAUAUGAAGCGAACGUGUGACCAACUACGCCACGGGCCCCGACUGGUCGUCUAUUUGUCUGUGGCAUUUCGGUCAUGUACGGGCUCUUGGGUGAGGUGGAUGAAGGUUUGGAUCGUUGUUGUUAUGCUCCGUCUCUAAGAUGCGCUUCUGUCUCGGUUGGGGUUGAUUACUGGGCGGUUUUUGUGACGUUUUCACCGCAGCAGUUCAUCCACUCGGGUUCUCUGGGACUGCCUGCAGCUUCAAAAUGCCGAAUCGCGGUUUUAUUAGUUCGAAAGAACGUAAAAACUCGAACAAAGGCAACGCCAAAACUGUUUGUUAUUUGACCUCUGAGAUAUAAGUGAUUAUCUGCGCCUGGAUUCUAAAUGGACAGUCCUUUACAACAGCCUAUAAAGUUUAUUCGAAUCAUGUGUAGAUUGAUAGAUGUUGCUCAAAAUAAGUACAACAACAUUUUUGAGAUUUCCAAUAAUUGUUCGCAUUUGAAAUUAUGAGCUUAAUGCAUUAUCCACAUUAGUCUAGUGUUCAUUAGUCAUAGUGCUUGCAGUUUAGGAUCACUAGUUACCAGUAACGGACGCAUCUCGCAUCGUUCUGUAGAAUAGUUAGCCUAUAAUAAGUCUCUCCGUUAACAACAUAUUUAUUUCUUUCUUUAGGAAACAAAAUCUGAUUCAAGCAUGUGUCCUUAAGCAUAUAACUGGUAUCAAUAAAUACAGAUUCACAUAAACUACCAUGAAUACGGUCCUUUAACAGUUAGGUUUAUCCCUGCACCUGCGAUCAUUUUCCAAGAAAGUAAAAACACAGCUGGUUGAAGGAGUGCCAUCCUAUUUUCGGCGAAAUCAAGGGGGGCCACCACAAAGAGCCCCCAUUAAUUCACCAUCCAGUAGUAAUAUGGAGUUUUUAAGAGGCGUUUAUGCGUUUAUGCAAGUGAGCAGAUCAUCGGUAAAUCAUGUGAAAACAGAUUCCUCGAUAUUUCGAUUACACACCAACGCAACCGUUAUUCUUUUGGUAACGUUCUCGAUAGCAGUAACAACACGACAAUACGUCGGAAACCCAAUAGACUGCGUCCAUACACGAGAUAUCCCUGAAGACGUGCUUAAUACAUAUUGUUGGAUCCACUCAACAUACACAGUAGUUGACGCCUUUAUGAAGAAACAAGGUCAAGAAGUGCCAUUUCCAGGAGUAGAUAACUCACAACGAAGCGGUGCAUUGACAAUUAGGCAUACAAAGUACUAUCAAUGGGUAGCAUUUACUUUAUUUUUUCAGGCAAUUUUAUUUUAUACGCCGAGAUGGCUAUGGAAGUCCUGGGAAGGAGGCAAAAUACACGCAUUGAUGAUGGACCUUGACAUAGGCAUUUGUUCCGAAAUAGAAAAAAAGCAAAAGAAAAAAUUGCUUCUAGAUUACUUGUGGGAUAAUUUAAGGUAUCAUAACUGGUGGGCGUAUAGGUACUAUAUCUGUGAAUUUUUAUCACUAGUGAAUGUGAUAGGCCAAAUGUUUUUAAUGAACCGGUUUUUUGACGGUGAAUUUAUGACGUUUGGAUUAGACGUGAUAACGCAUAUGGAAGCAGAUCAAGAAGAUCGCAUGGAUCCGAUGAUCUACAUCUUUCCAAGAAUGACCAAAUGUACUUUCUACAAGUAUGGUGUCAGUGGUGAAGUAGAACGACAUGAUGCCAUAUGUAUUCUUCCGCUAAACGUAGUCAAUGAGAAAAUUUAUAUUUUUCUGUGGUUUUGGUUUAUUAUUCUGACGAUACUGACGACGUUAACGAUAUUUUAUAGAAUAAUUAUUAUUUUCUCGCCUCGAAUGCGAGUGUAUUUAUUAAGACUAAGGUUUAGUGUUCCUUGGGCAUAGAGUAUCUUCGUGCCUGCCACACGAUAUACACAUGCAAAAUGGUCAUUGGCAGAGGAAGCUCUCAGUUAAUAACUGUGGAAGUGCUCAUAGAACACUAAGCUGAGAAGCAGGCUUUGUCCCAGUGAGGACGUUACGCCAAGAAGAGGAGAGGAGGAUGUUUACAGUGACCGGCACAAAAACAGAUCCACCAUAUAGAGGUUACAGUUUCUUUUGAAAACUACAUGCAAACAUGAUGAAAUAUAUCUUUCAAUGAAUGCACUACAUCCAUUUAACAUUGUUUUAGUGAUCUGUGUUGAAAAAUAUUUGGUUUUUGAGGAAUAAAGUGAAUUCUGAUAAAUUUGGGGAAAAUUGCUUAAAAAUUGGGUAUGACAGAAAAAAAGAUCCACUUAGCAAUUAAUUCUGAAACUUCAAAAUUUCGCCAAAUUUUCACAUGUCUUUUUUCUUGGUGUAUGCUAUUGUGAUGUUUUUGACAUAUUCAAUUAAUUUUGACAUGAGUUUCAUCAAUUUUAGGGUAAUAUGGGGUGAGUUUAUUUUAAAUGGUAAGUAUAAUGGGUAACAUUUUCCCUAAACUUAAGAAACUAUCUGUAAGCAAGAAUAAAUGCUUCACAACAUUAAGCAUUAAAUAUUAUUUGAUAACUCAAAAAAAUUUCACGCUUGUGUAUCGCAAAUAUCACCUCAACUAUUUUUACCGAUUUUUUUUCAAAUGUGUUUAAUGAAAAAAUGACUACUCCAGCAGAAAGUGUUGUAUGGGUGAUGGCCACUAAAUACGUCAAGUUUCAAGAACGAAAAUAUUAAAAUAAAUCCAAAUUGAGUCCAGAAUUUCAAAAGAAGCAGUUUUGGUGCAAAAAAAAUCUUACAGUAAAACUAGAAAGAGUAGCCCAAGUAACCACGGUACUGAAGCCGUGUUGCAUGCAGAUAUACGGUCUAUUUAGAACAAUCAUUACUUUGCGUGAACUCUUAAUGUUGAUUUAAAGUGGAAAUGGGCAUGUGGAUAUAUGCGACUGAACCAAGAUUAUACCAGUAUUGCCCAUUUCCACGUUUAAUCUAACAUAAGAUUGCAUGUAAAGUCACGAUUGCUCUAAAUACGCCGUACAUCUGCAUGCAAUAAGGCUUCAGCACCGUGGUUACCCGAGCAAAGUUCAACAACAAAAUCACAGCAAAUCGAAAACAUGAUUUGUAUUCAGCAACAAAUUGUUAUCACAUUUGAUAUCAGUUAAUCAGUUAAUUAGAUUUCAAAUUUUGUUUUCGGUUUGCUGUUAUUUUAAAUCAAUAUAAAUAUUUAGUGUUAGAAUAGUUUUAAAUCUUUAAGUAAACUCUGUAAAGUAUUUCUAGGAAUGUAUCAUUAGGCGCUGUCCAUAAACUACGUAGACUUUUUUCGGCCAUCUCAGACCCCCCCCCCCUCCCCCCUCGUAGACUUUUGUCCAUACAAAAUUUUCGAAAUUUGUAUGGAGCGUAGACUUUGGCCAGACCCUCCCGUCCCCCCUAAGAGUCUACGUAGUUUAUGGACAGGCCCUUAGUGCAAUUAUAUGAUUGCAUUUAUGAUUUGAUAUUAGACGGAUUUCGCGCCAACUCGAACAAAUGUUGGCAGCAUCCUCUCAGAUUACAAUGAAACUUUCUAGGUGUGUAGACCUUGACUAGAUAUGCCACUUUGCAUACUUAGUUUCUUCAAACAUUAUCUAGACUAUCUUUUGAAAAGGGCUUAACUUUUUUACCGUUUUUUUUAAUGUGUUUAAUAAAAAAUGGCUACUCCUACAAGAAAGUGUUGUAUGAGUGAUUGUCACUAAAUACGUGAAGUUCCAAGAAAAAAAUAUUUAAAAAAUCCAAAUUGAGCCCUACACUGAAAAAAUCUCUUUCAAAAAUUCAAAAUCGAUUUACAAAAAAACACCAUCUAUGAAUUUUGUCUCCAGAUAGGUAAAUAUGUUCUUUACUAACCGUCUAUACACCACAAGAUGGGCACUUUUAAGGAAAAAAAGUUUUUCUAACAAAAACUUUUUCAUGUCCAAAUGAUUUUUUGUAUUGCCUUUUGUUAUCAAAAGCUAAACCAGUGAAGGUCGUAAUCCUCUCAGAAUCCAAUCAAACACCAUUUUUUAGAAGAUUGUGUCUCAUUUAUUCACGUAGAUUUUUCUUAUUCAUUCAAUCAAUUCAUUUUUUAUAUUUGAAUGAAUACUUAAAUGUAUUCUCUUAUGAAAUGACGAAUGUUGCCCCAAAUCGUAUUUGGAUAACUGCAGAUAACUGCUUCUUUUAAACGCCUAUACAUUGUAAGACUAUGUUUUGACAUUAUCCCACCUAGGAUGUGAGGCUAGGCUCACCGCGAUGCCGUAGUUCAGCAUUCAGCGAGCCUGUUUGGGUCAUAUUGACCCCAAUAACCUACUAAAUUUAAUUCUUGAGUAUGUUAGAACCAUCCCAGAUAACCAGUAAUCAUAUAAAACGUUGCAUAAGAUGAUAAAGUGGAGGCGAUAUGCGUACAUUUUACAUGCGCUUAAAUGGAGGCAUGUACGCAUAUGGCCUCCACUUUAUCAUCUUCUCCCUUUCGUGACGGAGCGCAAAAAAGUGAAAUCUUCAUACAAAUUGCUCAACUUUGGCUCUCCAGAACUCUUAGAUUUCCCAAAAAAAAGUAAUUAUUAUUUUUACUCAUUUGAAAGUACUACUCUUUAUCUUUUGAUUUUUAGCGUUGACUACGUAGAUAAAUCGGAAAUAAAUUAUAUGCGACAGAUAAAACUUUUUCAUGUUUUACCGUUUUUACCCACUUUUUGUUUACCUUGUUGUGGUAAAUUUGACAGGCAACGUAAACAAAAGUUUAUUUCACACAUACAAGUAUAAGUAAUGGCUGAAUUAGUGGAACAAUUUACAUCAUAUUUGGUGGGCUUCGUGGCCGUGCGGUUAGCGGCGUCAGUCGUCUAGGCGUUUCGUAAGCCUCGGAGUGCGGGUUCCAUUCCCGCUCCAAUCGGGGAAAACUUUUCGUCGAACGGAAAAUUCUCCAUUGGGCCACUGGGUGUUAUGUGUGUUGUCCGUUGUCUCGUGUAUGUGUAAUGUUCAGUCUGUGCAGCCUCUGGCUGAAGACGGUGUAGUGUCUUUUUUUAAAACAAAGUCUAAACAGAUGAAAAAAUAUGCAAGAUUGUUACCGCUCAGCAGCACAAUUGUGUUGGUUCGUCACGAAAGGGUUAUGCAACGUUUUAUAUGAUUACUGGUUGUCUGGGAUAAAGCAACAUGAAUGGGUAACAAAACGUCGAAAGACAAAACGUCGAAUGCCAAAACGUCGAAUGCCAAAACGUCGAAAGGACAAAACGUCGAAGGGACAAAACGCCGAAAGGACAAAACGUCGAAAAGUGUGUAAGUGUUUGCAGUUCAGUGUGGUUUGUUUGAGAUUUUGUGUGGAACAAUUUAAUCCUUUUGAUAGCCUGAGAGGGGUGGCGAUACGGUAGAUCCACCAAGAUGGCAGGAUGACCAACUUAUUAACGGGGACACACUCAUUAUGUCUCAUUACCUCGGGUCACUGCCCAAGCGCUGAAGGGCAGUGACUCAUUUUGCACUCUAUGGUGCUUCAGACCCGAGUUGAAAUCACCAGCUGUGUAAAGAUUAUUGUGUGGAUACUUGGCAUUAUUGUGCUAGUACCAUAUUCUGAAAUACCGGAUGAAUUUCGGAGAAGGACAGCCGUAACAAAACCAAACGCCCUUGAAGGAAAAAUGCGCCCGAUGAUCGCCAUCGCCACCCUGAAGGUGCCAGAGAUCCAGCCAACGGAAGUUAUGACGUAAUGCUGAAAAAUUUGAGGAAGGUGUUACUGACAUUGUGUCACUCGCAGUGUUGCAUUUGAACGCGAUCAAUUUGCGUUGAAGUUCAAAAACGGCACGCUAGGAUCAAAAUUAUUCAGUUCAAAAUUUGGAAUGCACGUGAGCUCCAAAGUAAACGCAGCUUGAGCAAGAAAUGCACCCGCAGAAUGCCAACAUGCCAACAUGGUACCCUGGGACCUGGUAAAUUGAAAUGGUCAUGUUUCUACCAUUUUUGGGCUGAUUUGAUUCAGAAACUCACCCUCAAUUGAAAAGGGGAACCCAUUCGGUCACCGUGGAUUACCGGAAAAUCCAAAAUCUUAAUGUCCGAUGCCAAAAUAUCCCACUUCAUUGUGGCGCCUAUUUUCGCGCAUCAACGCAUGUAUGCAGAUUGCAGAUGCGUCACAAAGUCCUAGAGCAGCACCUUGGUCAGGACGCACAUAAGAUUUGAUGACACUUUCAACAUCAGUUCAUUUUUGGGGCUCCAAAGAAGAAAGAAAAGAACAGGCCGGGAAAGUCCGGGAAUAAAUAAUGUUACACUUAACGUGACGUGAUGUGAGUUUUUAUAAACGACAGUUUAUAUUAUAUACCCGCGAAGUACUGUUCAAGAAACAUGCGCACCCUGAGGUGUUAUUUCAGGGAGCCUCAGGAAGGCUCCCCUCUGAACAAGUUGGCAGAUUCAAGUGAAAGAAUGAGUAUCCUUUUAAAAUAACACAGCGCAACAUUUUUUUGUCUCAAAAGCAAACUUAUGUGUCUCCGAAGGAUUUUGAGCCGCUGAACCCGAAUCCGGGCUCAGAUUUGCUCCAACACGUCACAAUUUUGAACUAUACCUCAAUUUAUAGGGCAAAAUAUGCGAUUCUGGGCUUUUUUGACUGCAAGCCAUUGAGCAUGGAAAUAUUUUUUUUAUGCAAUCAAAAGGUUAAUUGGUCAAUUAACAUCUAAAUUUACGACUCAUGCAAAAUAUUUCGUUUUACCUAAUCAAAUUUCAUAGAUUUAAGCAUUUUACGUUAGUAUGAAAACUUGCAUGCAACUUUUGGAGGGUGACUUGUAUGGGAAAUAUCGUACCUAACAUAAAUCGCUUAAAACUAUCAAAUUUGAUUUGGUAAAACGAAAUAUUUUGCAUGAGUCGGUAAUUUAGAUGUUAAUUGACCAUUUAACCUUUUGGUUGUUAAAAAAAAUAGUUCCAUGCUUAAUAACUUGCAGUCAAAGAAGCCCAAAAUCGCAUAUUUUGCCCUAUAAAUUGAGGUAUAGCUCAAAAUUGUGACGUGUUGGAGCAAAUCUGAGCCCAGAUUCGGAUUCAGUGGCCCAAAAUCUGUCAGAGACACAUAAGUUUGCUCUUGAGACAGACCAAAAGCUAUUUUUUGUUACGCUGUGUAAUAAAUAACUCACUAUUUGCUUAGAUUACUCUUUUUCGACGUUUUGUCCUCUCGACGUUUUGUCCCUUUCGACGUUUUGGCAUUCGACCUUUUGUCUUUCGACGUUUUGUCCCUAAGCCAUUCAAAAGAGGAAAGAUUCAUGGGUAAAAUACAGUAGCUCCAUCUUCAACAAUUAUAAUCUAUAUAAAUAAAAAUAGAAUGGUGUUUGUAUGUCACGAAUACGCUCGGGAACGGGUCAACGGAUAUACUUCAUUCUUUCACUGUUGCAUUCUUGCAGGGCUCCGACGUGUUCGUGCGGAAAAAUAAUAAUGAAAAUCGACCGGGAAAGCAAUGAAAACGGGAAAAAUUGAAACUUCAUUUUUCAGGGCAUUUUUCUACUGACUGUUCUGUCAAAAACACAGUAGGGAGGCAGUACGACGUUUGCCGGGACAGCUAGUAACAGUAUAAAAGGAUAAAACAAAAAAUGACCUUUGGCCAAAUGACCUUCGACAAAAUGGCCUGCAAAUAAAUGCCCUAAUGCCAAUGAUACUAAGAUUCCAUAACAGUAGUCCGAGCGCCACUAGCCGUAAUAUGUACCAUAAGCCCAGAUAUGCUAAACUCACAUGUUACAUUCAUGGCGAUAAGGGAUUAUAUUGGUUAGAAAUGGCGCAAAUAAGCUAGGAAGUUCAUCCAGAAUGAACAACAGAUAAAUGAAAGAAGGAAAAAACUUUUCUGGGAUUAUUAGAAUUAAUUUCCCCAAGAACAAGUUUUUCCUAAUAUUUAGUCUAGUGAUAUUCGGCCUAAUAAUGAGACAUUCCGGGUACUGACUUUCGGAAAGUGACAGCCAGGCUAAUGGUAUAGGUAAAACCGUCACUUAGGUUUUUCUUAUUAAUGUGUAUUUUAACUUCUGCUAAUUUUUCACUUUACUUAAUUAAUUAUUUCUGUGCAUUUUAUUCAUUGCUUCCAAAAGGUUAUUCAUGAUGAAGCGUUGAUCAAAAAUAUCACGCACGACAAAGUUAUUUACUUUAUUGUUUAUGGUCUUCGAUUGACUUAUGUGUGUGAUCAACAUUUCCGGGUAAUUUUGCUAUUUGGCAAAAAAAAUAUGAUUUAAAGUGAUCAUGUUAUUGAAGGCUGAAAAGAAGCCUAUGUUUCAAAGAAGAGAAAAUCUUUGAUGAAUAUUGAUCAUAUUCCGGCAAAAUAACAUUUGACGUCAGAUCAACUUGUCCAUAAGACAAAUUUGUGGAAAUGUUCUAAUUGAAAAAAAUAAUAAACUGUUGUGGAAUGCGCAAAAAAAUAAUUAAAUAUCAUAAAAGAUUUAAUGUAUUGCAUUUAUUGAUAGCUCUUAAAUCAGUUCCAAUAUUUUAUUUAACUUUUGCAUCUAAAUCUGAACAAAACCAAUAUUGACGAAUUUCGCGCCAACUCGACCAACGGUUGGCAGCACCCUCUCAGAAUCGAAUGAAACUUGGUGGACAUAAACAAUACGGAAUUUUUCGAAAUUUUUCAAGAGUAACUUUUGAAAAGGGCCUAAUUGUUUUUCAUUGAUUUUUUUUUAAAUCGAUGUAACUCAAAAAUGACAAGAGCUACAAAAAAGUGUUGUAUGGCGGAGUAUCGUGAAAUUUCAUGAAGUUUUUUAGAAAAAUAUCAAAAAAUAUAAAACUACUUUCUACACUGAAAAAAAAAGGUUUUAAAAAUUAAAAUCAAUAUUGCAAAAAACCCUAACAUUUAUCUGGACUAACAUUUGAAAAGGGCGUAUAUUUUCUCUAACUUUUAUAUUAAUGUAACUCAAAAUUAUAAUAUAUAUGUGAUAUAUUGUGGACUGUUGUAGAAUUGUCGGAAGUGAUAAACAGUUAAUCAAUAUAGAGAUUGUAUUUUUAUUGCACAAAAGCAGGAUUUUUUUAAUGCGAAUUUUGAAUGAUCGAACUGAAUUUUGUUGACGCUCAAUGGUAGGCGCAUAAUUUCAUUGUGGAGAUUUCGAAUAAACGCAUAUUAAAAAAAAAACUUUUUUUUAUAUAUUUAUUUUUUAUUUUUUUUUCUCUAAUGUUUUGUGGCAUUACACUAUGUUCUUAUUCCUAGUUAAAUAUUCAUAUAUUUUUAUUAAUUUAAUCGAACAAUUUGAAAACCUUUGGUUCUUCAUUAGAGUUGGAAUAUGUUUUGGCCAUGAUUUUAUUAUGAGCGAUCGGUACAAAAGAAUGAAGUUUUUGUGUGCCAGAUAUAGUUUUUGCUAUUUUGAAUAGUUCAUCAAACUCUUCUGCUGUCGUUGUGUUUUUUUUUCCUUCUAAACCAUAGGGGGAUAAUCUGCUCAACAGACACCCUAACAGAAGGUUAGGGUAGUGUAGGUCUGACAGGCCGUCUUCUACAACAAAAGUAAAAUCCAGGACUACUCUCUCCUCGUACCCACUAAACCAUUCCUAUGGUCGCCAAACCCUACGUCUCUCCGGAACCACCAAGAAGGUAUUGCUUCAGAGAGGGGCUAGUGCACAUCGCGCCCACAAGGUUAGCUGCGUAGCCUGCACCAUCACGGUAGCACGGCGUUCCAGCCAAACUCAUCCCUACACAUCCUCUGGACCAAGUUGUCCGGGUUUGUGUCCUCCCCGCAUGUGGCAAGCAUGCGGUCACGCAUUGUGCGAAAACGCGGGCACACGAACAAAACGUGUUCCGCCGUUUCCUCUAAACCAUUGCACGCUGGGCAUUCGGGAGAAUCCGCAUGCCCGAAACGGUGUAGAUACUGUCGGAAGCAACCAUGACCUGUAAGGACCUGUGUCAGGUGGAAUGUAACUUCCCCAUGGCGCCUAUUAAUCCAACUAUCUACCCUCGGUAUCAACCUAUGGGUCCACCUCCCUUUAGUGGAACUGUCCCACGCGCGCUGCCAUUUGACCAUAGAGGCCAUCCUGGCAGUCCUGCGUAUGCCUCUUGUGCCGCGCAUUUCGAAGCACUCCAUGUCCUCACUGAUAAGAAUGCUGAUAGGCACCAUACCAGUAAUGACGCAGAGAGCGUCGUGUGACACGGUACGGUAUGCGCUCGCAACCCUCAGGCACAUAAGCCUAUAAGUACUUUCCAGCUUCCGUCGGUAGCAUUUAGUACUUAGCGCGGUGCCCCACGCCGGGCCGCCAUACCUAAGUAUGGACGUAGCAACACUAGCCAGAAGCUUGCGCUUACUGGCGUACAUCGCAGAGCUAUUGGACAUCAUCCGGGACAGUGCCGCAAUAGCUGUGGAGGCUCUUUUACAGGCAUAAUCGACGUGGCUACCGAAGGUAAGCUUAUCGUCGAUCAUCACGCCCAAGUGUUUGACGGAGCGCUUUGACAGGAUAGUACACUCUCCUACACUGAUCUCCAUCUGCUGCUCCGACUUCAGGUUGUUAACAACCGUCACCUCUGUCUUGUGGUGAGCAAGUCGUUGUGUAUUGUUCAUUCGAUAUGUAACAGAAAUUCAAUUUUGUGAUAUUUUUCUGUUUGUGUAACUGCCUAUUCUUAAAGCUCCCGAGGAGUUUUAAUAGUAUUGCUACAAUCCUUGGCAAGACUGGCUCGUUUUGCCAUUCGUUUGAGAGUGCCACCAAUGGCAUCACAAGGCCCUUUUCCAUGCGAUGUUGCAAAAAGUGCCACUCUGCUUCUAAUCCAUGCUUUGAUUUGAAAUUGCAAAGACUAGCAAAUUUUUUCUUAUUUUUAUAAUACGCUGCAGCACCAUCAGACAUAAAUGAAAUCUUUAACAAAUUAAUCGACUAUUUCAAAAAGUUUAAUAAUUUUGAAAUGAAUAACUGAACAGCUUUUGUGUCGUGGGUCAUUACUUCUGAUAUUAUAAUAAAGCCACAGACAAACAGACGUAACACUCUGAUAAUUCCCAUCGUACACCGAUUUAUCGGUCUUUUUCAAAAUAUGAUAGUUGGCCAACUGCCCACCCGUGGCGCUCGCAUCGGUUUUGUUCGAGUCUGACGUUUGCUCACUACCGCCACCUAGUUGAUGGUCGGCCAAACUUAGUCCUUUUAGCAUUGGGCGAAUUUGUUUCCGUGACUAUGAAACUAGGGUUUUUUGCAAUAUUGAUUUUAAUUUUAAAACCUUUUUUUUUCAGUGUAGAAAGUAGUUUUAUAUUUUUUUGAUAUUUUUCUACAAAGCUUCAAAUAAUUUCACGAUACUCCGCCAUGCAAAACUUUUUUGUAGCUCUUGUCAUUUUUGAGUUACAUCGACUUAAAAAAAACAAUGAAAAAAAAUUAGGCCCUCUUCAAAAGUUACUCUUGAAAAAAUUUCAAAAAACAAAGUAUGCAUGUACUGAUUUAUCGACCGUAUUCUAUAAUUAACUUGAUGAUUUUGUGGCUAUAUCGGUCUCUUUCUACUCAUAAGUAUAAGGGAGUAGAGAUCAAAGUGGAUAAUGAAAUGAUAGAUAUGAUAGAAUUCGCUAGGUAGCGAACAAGUGUGAAAAUUUUAUAGAAGGUGAAAUUAGGCAAGUAGGCCAUGUAUUGAACGAAUACAUCGAAUGCGUGAAACUUCUGCCGUGCGACCUGUGCUUUUAAACAGAUCGGCUUGAUUGGUAGUUCAUACCACCUUACCAAGGCUGGCAAAAGUUUCAGGCACCCGACUGCCUAAUGUAUUGUUCUGUUUUCAUCACAAAUUCUAUCGAUCGGUAGCUUUUUCGGAAUUCGCACUCCGUUCAUAGAGGUAUGUCUAUAUCGCGACGUGUUCUUCCUAUUAGCUUUUUCGAUCUUAUAGGAUAGAACACUUUUCUUUUUGAGCCAAACUUUUCAUAUCAUGUACUGAUUUAUCGACCGUAUUCUAUAAUUAACUUGAUGAUUUUGUGGCUAUAUCGGUCUCUUUCUACUCAUAAGUAUAAGGGAGUAGAGAUCAAAGUGGAUAAUGAAAUGAUAGAUAUGAUAGAAUUCGCUAGGUAGCGAACAA